GUGAAUUGGUUGGAGGGAUAGCCAAGCUGACCAAUGGGAUCAGGGAAGCUGGCUCAGGUGCUGCUUGGAUGGGUGGCAAUAUGCCUUGGGGCACUGAACGUGGCUUGUGGUCAAACAGGAAAUGGACCUUACGAAGCUAGCCGCUUUACUAGCAGUGUGGACCAGAGAGAAGUGCAGCGGGUUCGGCGACGUGGUCAGGAGACACUUAGAGGACCCAAUGUGUGUGGCUCCCGCUUCCAUUCAUACUGCUGCCCAGGCUGGAAGACUCUGCCUGGAGGGAACCAGUGUAUUGUUCCAAUUUGCAGGAAUUCAUGUGGUGAUGGCUUCUGUUCAAGACCCAACAUGUGCACCUGUUCAAAUGGCCAACUUUCUCCCAACUGUGGAGUAGUAGCAGGAAUUCAGUCCUGUAACGUCAGGUGUAUGAAUGGAGGCAGCUGCUCAGAGGACUCCUGCUCCUGCCCCAAGGGAUACACGGGCAACCACUGUGGACAGCCUGUGUGUGAGAAUGGCUGCCAGAACGGUGGGCGCUGCAUCGGGCCCAACAGAUGUGCCUGUGUCUACGGUUUUACUGGUCCGCAGUGUGAGAGAGACUACAGGACUGGACCGUGUUUCACUCAGGUGAACAACCAGAUGUGCCAGGGCCAGCUCAGUGGAAUCGUCUGCACCAAAACCCUAUGCUGUGCGACCAUUGGUCGAGCAUGGGGCCAUCCCUGUGAGCAGUGUCCUGCUCAGCCUCACCCCUGCAGACGAGGUUUCAUCCCCAACAUCCGCACUGGAGCCUGCCAAGAUGUGGAUGAGUGCCAGGCAGUGCCAGGUCUGUGCUCGGGAGGCAACUGCAUCAACACUGUGGGAUCAUAUGAAUGUAAAUGCCCUGCUGGCCACCGCCAGAGUGAGACCAGCCAUAAAUGUGAAGAUAUUGAUGAAUGCAGCACUAUUCCUGGUGUCUGUGAUGGAGGAGAAUGCACCAACACUGCUGGAAGCUACGUUUGCACCUGUCCACGAGGCUAUAUUUCCAGCACAGAUGGCUCCAGAUGUGUGGAUCAGCGUGUGGGUGCCUGCUAUGCUGCUCUGACAAAUGGCCGCUGCGCUGCAGAGCUGAAUGGCCAGUACACCAAGAUGCAGUGUUGUUGUGACACAGGACGCUGCUGGGCUUUGGGACAGAUCCCUGAGAUGUGCCCUGUCAGAGGCUCUGACGAAUACAGGCGGCUGUGUAUUGUGGGUGUUCCACAAGGCCAUGGCCUCUUUCCUAAUGGAUACUUCCCCAAUAAUGGCAACUAUGGAUUUAAGUUCCCCAGUGGGCCCAAUGGCAAUGGUAAUGGCAAUGGUGGUAACGGAAGGGGAAGCUAUGGAGAAAAUGGUGGGAACUUUGGAGGCAAUGGAGGAGGUGUGACCCACCAAAACAUUGGCACUGUUUCUGUAAAUGAUACUAUUGACGUGUGCAAACAUUUUACCAAACUUUGCUUGAAUGGACGCUGUAUCCCAACACCUCCAAGCUACCGCUGCGAGUGCAACAUGGGCUACAAGCAGGAUGUUCGUGGAGAGUGUAUUGAUGUGGAUGAGUGUGCGAGUAACCCAUGUAUCAAUGGAGACUGUGUCAACUCAGCUGGAUCAUAUCACUGCAAGUGCCAUGAAGGAUAUCAAGGAACCCCUACAAAACAAGCUUGUAUUGAUAUUGAUGAGUGUAUUGUGAAUGGAGUGAUGUGUCGCAAUGGCCGUUGCGUUAACACAGAGGGAAGCUUCCAGUGUAUCUGUAACGCUGGCUUUGAGCUUACUCCUGAUGGAAAGAACUGCAUUGACCAUGAUGAGUGUACCACUACCAACAUGUGUCUCAAUGGCAUGUGCAUCAAUGAGGAUGGCAGCUUUAAAUGCAUCUGCAAACCUGGGUUUGCACUUGCACCCAGCGGACGCUACUGCACUGACAUUGAUGAAUGUCAGACUCCUGGCAUCUGCAUGAAUGGCCGCUGCAUCAACUCUGAAGGCUCCUUCCGCUGCGAGUGCCCACCUGGCCUGGCUGUCGAUGUAGAUGGGAGAGUGUGUGUGGAUACACAUAUGAGGACCACCUGCUAUGGUGCCAUAAAGAUGGGCACAUGCUCACGUCCAUUCCCAGGUGCAGUGACCAAGUCAGAGUGCUGCUGUGCUAAUCCAGAGCAUGGCUUUGGAGAGCCUUGCCAUCCCUGCCCAUCAAGGAACUCAGCUGAGUUCCAGGCUGUAUGCAGCAGUGGUAUUGGCAUCACGGCUGAUGGCAGAGACAUCAAUGAGUGUGCCUUGGACCCAGACAUUUGCCAGAACGGCAUUUGUGAGAACCUCAGAGGAAGCUACCGCUGUAUCUGUAACAUAGGCUAUGAGUCUGACUCGAGUGGCAAGAACUGUGUUGACAUCAAUGAGUGUCUGGUGAACAGACUUCUAUGUGACAAUGGCCUGUGCAGAAACACUCCUGGCUCCUACACAUGCUCAUGUCCUAAAGGAUUCAUCUUCAAACCCGACUCAGAGACCUGCGAAGAUAUCAAUGAGUGUGAGUCCAGUCCAUGCAUCAAUGGAGCAUGUCGCAACGUGGCUGGAUCCUUCAACUGCGAGUGCAGUCAUGGCAGCAAGCUGGAUUCUACAAACACCAUCUGCGUUGACAGUAUGAAGAGUACUUGCUGGCUCACAAUACAGGAUAACCGCUGUGAGGUCAACAUCAACGGAGCCACGUUGAAGUCUGAGUGUUGCUCCACACUAGGAGCAGCCUGGGGCAGUCCCUGUGAACCCUGCGAGAUUGACACUGCUUGUUCUCGAGGAUUUGCUCGCAUGAAGGGCCUUGUUUGUGAAGACAUUAACGAGUGUGAGGUAUUCCCUGGAGUGUGUACAAAUGGGCGAUGUGUGAACACCCAGGGAUCGUUCCGCUGUGAGUGCGCAGAGGGUCUGACCUUGGACAGUACAGGACGCACAUGUGUUGAUAUGCGUAGUGAGCAAUGCUACAAGAAAUGGCAUGAGGAUGAGUGUGGUGAGCCACUGCCAGGAAGGUACCGCGUGGACAUGUGUUGCUGUUCUGUGGGUGCUGCAUGGGGAGUCGAUUGUGAGGAGUGUCCCAAAGAAGGCACGCCAGAGUUCAGAACCAUCUGUCCCCGAGGCCGCGGCUUUGCUAACAGAGGGGAUAUUCUGACCGGCAGACCUUUCUAUAAAGAUGUAAAUGAGUGCAAGGUGUUCCAGGGUCUGUGCACUCAUGGAACUUGCAGAAACACUAUUGGCAGUUUCAAGUGUCGGUGCAACAACGGCUUUGCUCUUACAGCCGAAGAGAGGAACUGCACAGACAUCGACGAAUGUCGAAUCUCCCCUGACCUGUGUGGUCAUGGUACAUGUGUCAACACACCUGGCAGCUUUGAGUGUGAAUGCUUUGAAGGCUACGAAAGUGGCUUCAUGAUGAUGAAAAACUGCAUGGACAUUGAUGAGUGUGAGAGAAACCCCUUGUUGUGUCAUGGAGGAACGUGCUAUAACACAGAGGGAAGUUAUGAAUGUGAAUGUCCGACUGGAUACAUCCUCAGCAAUGAUGCAGCUGUCUGUGAAGAUAUGAAUGAAUGCCAGCUGAGUGACAACUUGUGCAAAAACGGGCAGUGUGUCAACAUGCCGGGGACCUAUCAGUGCUCUUGUGACACCGGCUACCAGGCGACACCAGACCGCCAGGGCUGCGUUGAUAUUGAUGAGUGUACAAUUAUGAAUGGAGGCUGUGAGACUCACUGUACCAACUCGGAAGGCAGCUAUGAGUGCAGCUGUAGUGAAGGUUAUGCUUUAAUGCCUGACCUCAGGACUUGUGCAGACAUCGACGAGUGUGAGGAGACUCCAGACAUCUGUGAUGGAGGCCAGUGCACCAAUAUUCCUGGAGAAUAUCGCUGUCUGUGUUAUGAUGGUUUCAUGGCUUCCAUAGACAUGAGGACCUGUAUAGAUGUGAAUGAAUGUGAUUUGAAUCCAAACAUCUGUCUCCAUGGUGACUGUGAGAACACUAAAGGCUCUUUUAUCUGUCACUGUCAACUGGGAUACUUUGUCAAAAAGGGAUCAACUGGCUGCACAGAUGUUGAUGAGUGUGAGAUUGGAGCUCAUAAUUGUGACAUGCAUGCUGCCUGUAUCAAUAUGCCCGGAAGCUUCAAAUGUCGCUGUCAAGAUGGCUGGGUUGGAGAUGGCAUCAAGUGUGUGGAUCAAGAUGAAUGUUCUUUAGAGGAUCACAGCUGCAACCCCAACGCAGACUGUGUCAACACCCCGGGAUCAUACAGGUGUACAUGCAAAGAGGGCUUCAAUGGAGAUGGCUUCUCAUGCUCUGACAUGGAUGAGUGUGCAGACAAUGUCAACCUGUGUGAGAAUGGUCAGUGUCUGAACGCUCCAGGAGGCUACCGCUGUGAGUGCGAGAUGGGCUUCACUCCUACAGAAGACAGCAAAGCCUGUCAAGACAUUGAUGAGUGUAAUUUCCAGAACAUCUGUGUAUAUGGGACAUGCCAGAACCUUCCCGGGAUGUUCCGCUGUGUGUGUGAUGAUGGUUACGAGCUGGACCGCAGUGGAGGGAACUGCACUGAUAUCAACGAGUGUGCCGACCCUGUGAACUGCAUCAAUGGACUCUGUGUGAACACACCAGGAAACUACCUGUGUAACUGUCCACCCGACUUUGAGCUGAACCCCACUGGAGUGGGCUGUGUGGACAUCCGUGUUGGAAACUGCUUCUUGGAUGUCCUUGCUCGUGGUGAUGGAGGAAUCUCCUGCAGUGCAGAGAUCGGCGUGGGUGUGACCCGAGCUUCCUGUUGCUGCUCCAAAGGAACAGCCUGGGGAAACCCUUGUGAACUCUGCCCCUCCUCCAACUCCACGGAAUACAAGACUCUUUGUCCAGGAGGAGAAGGGUUCAGACCUAACCCCAUUACUGUGAUCCUGGAAGAUAUUGAUGAGUGCCAGGAACUACCAGGUCUCUGCCAGGGUGGACACUGCAUUAACACAUUUGGCAGUUUCCAGUGUGAGUGUCCAGCAGGCUACUAUCUGAAUGAAGACACUCGCAUCUGUGAAGAUAUUGAUGAGUGUACGACACAUAUUGGGAUCUGUGGGCCUGGCACUUGCUACAACACACAGGGCAACUACACUUGUGUGUGUCCCCCUGAAUACAUGCAGGUCAACGGAGGAAACAACUGCAUGGACAUGAGGAAGAGUGUGUGCUACCGAAACCACAAUGACACGUGUGAAAACGAGCUCUCGUUCAACAUGACCAAGAAGAUGUGCUGCUGUGCCUACAACGUGGGGAAAGCUUGGAACAAGCCAUGCGAAGCUUGUCCUACUCCUGCUACCAUUGAGUACCAGUUGCUGUGUGGUAACCAGGCUCCUGGUUUCAUUAUUGAUAUCCACACCGGCAAGCCAAUUGAUAUUGAUGAGUGCAGGGAAAUUCCAGGUAUCUGUGCUAACGGAGUGUGUAUCAACCAGAUUGGGAGCUUCCGCUGUGAAUGUCCAAUGGGCUUCAGCUACAACAACAUACUACUAAUUUGUGAAGAUAUUGAUGAGUGUAACAGUGGGGACAACCUGUGCCAACGCAAUGCCAACUGUAUCAACAUUCCUGGCAGCUACCGCUGCGAGUGCUCACAAGGCUUCAAACUGUCUCCCAGUGGGGCCUGUCUGGAUCGUAAUGAAUGUCAGGAGAUCCCUAAUGUGUGCAGCCAUGGACAGUGUAUUGACACACAGGGCAGUUAUCGGUGUGUCUGCCAAAAUGGAUUCAAAACCACCGCUGAUCAGACAAUGUGCAUGGACAUCGAUGAGUGUGAGAGACAGCCGUGUGGUAACGGCACCUGUAAAAACACUGUGGGAUCCUACAACUGCCUGUGCUUCCCUGGCUUUGAGCUCACACACAACAAUGACUGCAUGGACAUAGAUGAGUGCAUUGCCCUUCAGGGCCAAGUGUGCAGAAAUGGACAGUGCAUCAACGGGCUUGGUUCCUUCCAGUGUCUUUGCCAUGAGGGUUAUGAAAACACACCUGAUGGGAAAAACUGUGUUGAUAUCAAUGAGUGUGUGAGUCUGCCCGGGACAUGCUCUCCAGGAACCUGUCAGAAUCUCGAUGGGUCCUUCAGAUGUAUCUGCCCUCCUGGCUAUGAGGUGCAAAAUGACCAAUGCAUAGAUAUCAACGAAUGUGAUGUGGAGCCCAACAUUUGCCAGUUUGGCACCUGCACCAACACCCCCGGCAGCUUUCAGUGCUCCUGCCUGCCUGGAUUUGUACUCUCUGAAAACAAACGACGCUGCUAUGACACCAGAGAGAGCUUUUGUUUCACCAGAUUUGAGGCAGGCAAAUGCUCUGUCCCCAAAGCCUUCAAUACCACCAAAGCCAAAUGCUGCUGCAGCAAUAUGCCAGGAGAGGGCUGGGGACUUCCCUGUGAGCUGUGCCCACAAAAGACCGAUGUAACUGCUUUUGACACUCUGUGUCCUUAUGGCCACGGAGUCCUGCCCGGACCAGGCAAUGUUCGUGAGGACAUGAAUGAGUGUCUGGAUAACCCUGGAAUCUGCCAGAAUGGCAUUUGCAUCAACACGGAUGGUUCUUUCCGAUGUGAAUGUCCCUUUGGAUACAACCUGGAUUACACUGGAGUCAACUGUAUUGACACUGAUGAGUGCUCCAUAGGAAACCCAUGUGGGAAUGGAACUUGCACCAAUGUGGUGGGAGGUUUUGAGUGUUCAUGCCAGGAGGGCUUUGAACCUGGACCCAUGAUGACUUGUGAAGACAUCAACGAGUGCUCCCAGAAUCCUCUGCUUUGUGCUUUCCGAUGUGUCAACACGUUUGGUUCCUAUGAGUGUAUGUGUCCCACUGGUUAUGUGCUGCGAGAAGACCAACGCAUGUGCAGAGACCAGGAUGAGUGCUUAGAGAAGCUGGAUGACUGCAUAUCUAAAGGCAUGUCCUGUAAGAAUCUGAUUGGCACCUUCAUGUGUAUCUGCCCUCCUGGCAUGCAGCACCGACCAGAUGGAGAGGGAUGCAUGGACCUGAAUGAGUGUCACGCCAAACCUGGCAUCUGUAAAAACGGGCGCUGUGUCAACACAGUGGGAAGCUACCGCUGCGAGUGCGAUGUUGGCUUCGAGCCAAGCUCAACUGGAACUGAAUGUAUCGACAACAGGAAGGGCUACUGUUACACAGAGGUUCUGCAGACUAUGUGCCAGCAGUCAUCAACCAACAGGAACAGUGUGACCAAGUCUGAGUGCUGUUGCAAUGCGGGUCGAGGCUGGGGGUCACAGUGUGAGCUGUGUCCACUGCCAGGCACUGUACAGUACAAGAGGAUGUGCCCAUAUGGACCUGGCUACACCACAGAUGAAAGAGACAUCAACGAGUGCCAGGUGUUGCCAGAUCUGUGUCAUAAUGGACAGUGCAUCAACGCCAUCGGAUCCUUCCGCUGCCACUGUAAUGUAGGAUACAAGGCAGACUUCACCGCUACAUCCUGUGUUGAUGUGGAUGAGUGCACUCUGUCUCCAAAACCUUGCAACUUCCUGUGUAAAAACACAGAAGGCAGCUACCUGUGCUCCUGCCCCAGAGGAUACAGCCUCCAACCAGAUGGAAAGACCUGCAAAGAUUUGGAUGAGUGUUCGACAAAGCAGCACAACUGUCAGUUCCUGUGUGUUAACACCAUCGGAGGCUUUACCUGCAAGUGUCCUGCUGGCUUCAUUCAGCACCAGACUGCCUGCAUCGACAACAAUGAAUGUUCAGCUCAGAACAGCGUGUGCGGUUCCCGAGCCUCUUGUGUCAACACGCCUGGUAGCUUCAACUGCGAAUGUUCCAAAGGAUUCUCCUUGGACUCCACAGGCCUAGAGUGUGAGGAUGUGGAUGAGUGUGGCAGUAACCAUCGCUGUCAGCAUGGCUGUCAGAACAUGCUGGGAGGUUAUCGCUGUGGCUGCCCUCAGGGCUAUGUGCAGCACUACCAGUGGAACCAAUGCGUGGAUGAAAACGAGUGUCAAUCUGGGACGGUUUGUGGCUCUGCCUCCUGCUACAACACACUAGGCAGCUUCAAAUGCGUGUGUCCAUCAGGCUUUGACUUUGAGCAGAAUGGUGGUGGCUGCCAAGACGUGAACGAAUGUACCUCGGGCACAAACCCCUGCAUUUACGGCUGCUCCAAUACGGACGGAGGCUACCUGUGUGGCUGUCCUGGAGGCUUCUACAGAGCAGGACAGGGUCACUGCGUAUCAGGCUCAGGUUUCCCAGGCCAACUUUUGGAGGGUGAGGAAGAUGACAGUCUGUCUCCUGAAGCCUGCUAUGAGUGCAAGGUCAAUGGAGGUGGAAAGAACGGACGACACAAGCGAAAUACUAAUGAAAAUGAACUCAACCAGGAGCCAACAGUGAGCAUGGCCAGUGUGGACACCCAGACCUCCAUUCCCAUGAACCUCUCACUGGCUUUGCUUCUCAACAAAGAGCCUUUACUCGAGCUCUUGCCUGCCCUGCAGCCUCUGGAGCACCAUGUACGUUACGUUAUAACCCAUGGCAACUCUAACGAACACUUCCGCCUACUGGAACGUCGCGACGGAAAGAGUGUGCUCAGGCUUGGUAAGAGACCACCUCCACCGGGAUCUUACCGAGUAGAGAUUACUAGCCUGCCGCUCUUUGGGCCCCGUCGACUACAUCAGCUGGAAAAACAACAUGACAGUGACUACCUACAAGGGGAAAUAGGAGAUGCCCUGCGCAUCAAGCUUCACAUCCAUCUGCACUGAGCUCAGAGUGUGCAUGCAAUCCCACUCUGGACUGAGUUUUAACCUUUAAUCCAAUAAUUCCUGCACCCUGUACCCCCUCCUUACACCCCCUUACAGGACCAUCCAACCGACAGGGGGGUGAUCUAGGGCUAAGAAAGACUGAGUACAUCAGCCCAACUCUACCACCACAUUGUUACUGUUCAAGUUAUCAUAUGUUCAUGUUUUGUGCUUUUUGUCUUUUUUUUUUUUUCACCUUCACUCCACACCUACCUGACCCAGCACUCAUUCUUCACUGAAAGCCUGUGGAGGAGAUGGCAGAGAAGUCCUUUUAUGCUUAGACUCAUACAGAAAAAAUAGCACUUUCUUUUUAAGACAAGAAUAAGAAAUUACUCUGAACAUGAAAGUGGUUGAAGUGCUGUGAGAAGUCUUUAUGCAUCAUGUAUGGUCAUUUUUAAACCCCAUAGGGCUGCAUGAGAAGCUUUCGUCCUGUUUAAUAGUAUGAAAAAGUGAUAUUAAGGCUCAUAAUAACUGGUCUGAGGACUCUGCCACCUCUCUGUGAUCUUGAAAAAAACAGAUCACAACACUGGGGAUAAAGGUUUGUCAUGUUUUGCCCCUCUCAGUAUUGUAGUAUGUCAUUUUAAUGUAUUUGUGCUGUUUGAAAAAUGUUAACACGAAGGACUGCAACAUUUACACAGCAUUUCAGGUUCUUAAGUCCAUAGCACUCUCUUCCUUAUGGCUGGAUACCAACCAAAUGUCAGAUUAGAAGACAGCACUCGAGCUGUAUUCUGCUCUGAUGUGACUGAUUUUUGCUAUUGCCCAUGAGCAGCGCAAAGCAGGGAUUAGCGUGUUUGCGUGUGUGUGCUGUCAUGUUUGGUUACCUCAGUACCUCGCUCCAAGUUGGACACCAUGCUGUGAUGCUGACUUUAAAACAAAAGAGGGUGCUAGUGUCCCUCAGCAUCCGUCAUGGGCAGGGAAUACACCAGCUAGUAGCUCAUAGACUUUAAAGAAGGUAGAUCAGGUCCUUUAUUUAUCCUCUAUGGGAUUUUGACUUCAGGUUCAUUGAUUUUGGACCUGAGAGGAAACUUUUUUAUUAAAUGGAUUUUUUUUUCCCCCACGUCAACCAUCAGAGGCUUUUAGCUUCUCUUAGUUUUACUACAAACUUUCAAAUGCUUCAGGAGAACAGAGUUGUAUCUGAUUAAGCUGACUUUAUCUCACUUCUUUGACUUUACUGUUCUGUAGCUCGUUGUCUGAGGACUGAGCCAUGUUUACAACACAAAGAGACCUUGCUGGAUGGAGCAGCAGUCUCAAAGGUACAUGACAUGUUAAACUGUAAAAGCAUUGCUUUACAGUAUCAGGCCACGCACAGGUGAACACGAACUUCACAAAAAAAAAUAACGUCAGGUCAUACUUCAUUACUCGUGAUUGUGUUUUUUUUCUCUCAAAGAGAAAAAAAGGUGCUACAUGAUUCCAUCUCUUUCGCUGUACAAAGAAAGUGCAGUCUUGAAUCUGGAUUGCAAAAGUUUACCUUUUUUUUUUUUUUUUGCUAAGUUUUAUGUGUGUGUCUGUUUUUGACUGAGAAACCAAUAUUAUCAAACUUGCUUCUUGAAAAUUAAAUUGUAUAUUUUUAAGUGAAAUGUAGAUUUUUCUUUUAACAGUCAAGGAAAUACAAAAGUAUAACAAACACUCAGUAAGAUUGAAGACUUUAAGUGCGUUUCACUUUGUUUUGAUUUAGAAGGAACCUCUCCCCCUCGAAAAAAAAAAGUAAAAUGUCAUCAUCAUAUCAGCCAAUCAUUGACUCACAUCUGUUUAUUAUUCUAAUCCUGGAAAAUAAGACAGAACAUCACACACAGGGAAGUUUACACUGUCUGUACUGUGCCAUAAGAAUCAAAGCAAACUUGCAAACCCUGCUGGGAUCUAUGGUGCUAAAUAACAAUCCUGUUUUUUUCCUCUUUUUUUGCCAUUUGUUUGGGGGUUUUUUAACAUGCAAAGUUGCUCCACUGUACCACAGCCUACAGUAGAUAGUUUUUAUAAUACAUAACCAUUUUCUAACCGGAGAACCUUUGUAUACUUUGUAUCUUUAAAGUUAAUUUGUCUUUUUUAAUUCAUUUGCCAUUUUUGCUUGCUGUAUCCCAGCUUCAGUGUCAGACUUGAAUUUUGUCAUCGACUGUUUGCAGCAAAGUCUCAAAUACUAUAAUAAUACAGAAAAGAGCAGGAAGUUUCUUUUUAAAAUAAAUAAAUAAACUUGACUUUGGAUGAUGCCAGAGUUUAAGUGAAAGCUGAUGACAAUCAUGCAGUCACACCCACCCGCUGAAGCUCACUGAAUAAAUCAGCCAUGAUGGUAUCUUUUAGUAUUCUAAAAGAUCAUGCAAUGAAGAAAACCAAAGAUUUUUAACACCAAAUGGAAUCUGUAAAAUCAGCGUGAUUCACGUGAUAUUGUAAACUUCUGUCCAAUGACAAUUACAGCAAUAAAAUAUUGUGGGUUAUAUUUUUAA